UCGAGUCUCAGGAUUUUCCGUUACUUUUGUGUUUUCAAUAUAUUACGAUUUUAUGAUUUCAAUCUGUAUUUCGUUAAUAUUACGCAUGUUUUUAAUUUCACUUUCACAGUUUCACUUUUAAGCUCUAUUCCAUUAAAACUGAAUGUACUACUCGUAAUUUAUUUGUUUCUAUUUAUAUUACCAUUUGCAAACAUUAAACAAUGGCUACCAAACAACAGAGCCAAAACGCCAUCACUCUCAAAGGGUCUGCGAAAUUGGUUAUGGACUAUUUAAAUUUUGGAAUUAACAGUAUUCUUUUUCAACGGGGGAUUUACCCACCGGAAUCAUUCAAAACCGAAGAACAUUUUGGUCUAUCAAUUCUUGUGUCAACCGACAAUAAAAUUCAACAGUUCCUACAACCUGUUCUCAACCAAAUGAAAGAUUGGCUAUUAGAACAAAAAAUUCAAAAGAUGUCAAUGGUUAUAUCUAAUGUUAACACCAAAGAAGUAAUGGAACGUUGGGAUUUCAAAUUGCAGUAUGAAGGAUCUGGCGAUUCCAAUCCAGACUCUGUUGGAAAUAAGGAGUUAUCAAUAAUCCAAAAAGAAAUUAGAGAUGUAUUAAGGCAAAUUUGUUCUACUGUUAGUUUUUUACCUUUACUUGACUGUCCAUGUGCCUUUGACUUGCAAAUAUACACUAAGCCUGAUGUAGAUGUACCACAAGAAUGGGCUGAAACUGCUCCUAGUUAUAUUGCUAAUUCCCAAGAGUUACAGUUGAGAUCAUUUUCAACUUCAUUGCAUAGAAUGGAUACUGUUGUGAGUUAUAAAGCAGACUUUUAAAAAUGAUGCCUGUUAAUAAGUUGAUCAAAUUAAUUAAGUUUUUUUUUAAUGCUAAUUCAAGCUCAGUGAUAAUUGAUUUUUAUAUUUUAGAAGUUAAUAUUUUUUUGAUAAAC